AUGUACUACCACAACAAAAUCGUGGACGACCCCGCAGCCGGCCUCUUCCUGCGCAAGCGGUUCCAGGUUCACUACCUGGCCGAGUUCCCCACCGAUGACGUCAUGGAGGCCGCCUGCCCCGACUACGAGCCGCCGGGCGGCUUUCCCAGCCGCCGGCCGGGCCAGCCGGGCGGCAGCGGGGCAUCGGCGGGCGGGCCCGGCGCCGUGGCGGCGGUGGCCACGCUGCGGGAGCGCGUCGAGGCGCGGCACCUGGUGCAAUACCAAAUGCUGGUGGACGCAGG